AUGGCGACCAUACAUGUUGCCGAGAGAGUGAUGAGUCCGAGAACUCCAAAGAAGAGCGAGAGGAAUCCUCCGAGGAUGGCGACUCCUUUGGCCAAGAAGCGAACCCACCUGCAAUACGAAUUACGAAAUUUGCCAAGGUUUUGUGUGUCUUACCAUGGAAACGCGGCGUUCGGAUCGUGCUCCGCUUGCAUUUGCGUGCUAACUCCAGAUGCGGCAGCCCCCAUGUCGAAAGAGAACAAUUACCUGGAAUGA